AUGGAUCUCGUCAACCAGAAGGCUGUUGUUUGCCGUGCCCAAGAGCAAGUCAUCCCUGUCAUCUUUUUGCUUUUGCGAUUGCCCCUCGCAAUCCCAUUCCAACACCUCUCGAUCGUGAUUGCAAAGCACUAUGCGCGCGAAUAUGAACUCGUCAAUGGAACCCGAAUCAAACGAGACAACAAAGCUAACGCUAUACUCCACACUCAGAGGGUCGCCUGCAACAAGCCACUCUUGACCUCCUCGCGGGAACCUGCCCAUUGCUCUAUCUUCCUGCCGGCCGCCGACAUUCCUACCUUUGUAGGCGAGGGCCGUGUCGACCUCGGUAUCACCGGUCGCGAUCAAGUCGCCGAGCACGAUGCAACCUUGGCUCCCGGCGAAGUCUCCGGCGUUGAGGAAAUUCUUGAUCUUGGAUUCGGUGGCUGCAAGCUGCAGGUUCAGGUGCCAGAGAAGGGUGAUAUCACUGAGGCCAAGCAAUUGGUCGGUAAGAACGUCGUGACCAGCUUCACCGCCUUGACGGAGGCGUUCUUCGCCCAGCUCGAGGGUGUUGAGGCUGGCUCCAAGUUGAGCACCAAGAUCAAGUAUGUCGGCGGAAGUGUCGAGGCCGCAUGCGCUCUGGGUGUCGCGGACGGUAUCGUGGAUCUUGUCGAAUCCGGAGAGACCAUGAAAGCCGCUGGCCUCAAGGCCAUCGAUACUGUCGUGACAAGCACGUCCGUUCUGGUCAAGUCUCGCGGCUCCAGCAGCGACGUUCUCAACUUGAUUACCUCGCGUAUUCGCGGUGUCAUCGCCGCACAAAAGUUCGUGCUCUGCCAGUAUAACAUCCCUCGCACCGAGCUUGCCGUCGCUUGCCAGAUCACUCCCGGUAAGCGUGCACCCACCGUUACUGCUCUCGAGGAAGAGGGCUGGGUGGCGGUCAGCUCGAUGGUGGAGAAGAAGCGUGUGGCGACAGUGAUGGAUGAGUUGAUCAAGGUCGGUGCGACGGACAUCUUGGUCCUGAACAUUGCCAACUCACGUACGGACUAA